GUUGGACACAAAAAUACAGUUUUCAGUACUGAAACUGGAAAACAUCCUAAUGCUUUCAACUCUACUAGGAGAACUAAACCCAGCAUUGCACUGUUAUUAGUCAUAGUAUGUGGGAAUGAAUUCUUCCCUGUAGUUCAAGAAGUACCAAAGAGGACUAUAUUCUAAUGUUACACACGCAUCCUAGCAAAGAUUUUAGUAAAGUAUAGAUGAUUAAUAGGAGUUGUAUCAAAGGUCCUUUUGCCCUUUUUGAUGACUUUCUUUCUUACUACCUGAGUUCAUGAUCCAUCCAUAUAGCUUCAUUUUGAACAUUACUUUUAACCUUAGAAAUUGCAUCAUUUCACAGAUACCUUUUACAAAAACCAGAUUCAGCAUAACAAAUCCUGACAUUCCUGCGCAGUGCUGCUUCCUUUGCUGUCGGUGGGUGCUGGGGCAUGUGGAGCAAGGGUGAAGUUGGUAGGAACAGGUACCAAAGCUGCCAAAUCUACGACAGCCUGUUCUCUAGUAACAACCACCCACAGGUGAGCUGUUUAGACAGCUCGUACUGGGGAAUGUCUAAAUACAAACUAAAUCAGAAAGAUGUGAAGCAGAGAAGGGCACACCAGCAGCACAUGGCAGAGUCCUGACCCAGGGAGCUUCCACUGGGCUUCUUCCAUGACCCUUUGUGGAUAUUUUCGGAUAGCUUGCACGGUGUGAGGUUGGACCACCUCCUUUGAACCACAAGGUGCUGAGUCCAGCUUGGAGAAGAGUGGGCUUGAGCUGAGUGGGAGGAGAUUCCCAUUCUCCUGCCAGCAGCCUGUCUGAGGAGGUAAGACCUCCUGCUCUCCUGGAUGCACCUGGUCUUCAGAGGUAAUGGCAGCUCUGGUAACACAUGCAAGGGUAUCCUACUAGAAAUGAAGAAUUAGGUCAAGUAAGGUAAAUGAAUAAAAGUGAACAUUUUUGCUGGAAUAUGGGUUAUAGUGCAUGGGAACAGGAUCUGAUAGAUAUGGAACAGUAAGAACUGGAGUUUGAGUGUCAGAAAACAAUGCCCUUAUGCACUGGCCAGCAGCAAUUAAAAGGAGGGGUACUUGGGAGCUGCUGGAGCAGCCAGCAAGAAGGGGGACAUAUGCCUCCAACCUCUCUUCUCACCCCAAAUCCAUACUAGAACACUGCCCUGUCCCACUUUUCCAUUUUCUUGGGCCUUUAUAUGAGACUGGGAUUUCCUGACCAUUUCUGAUUGGGACACACAUUUCUUUCUUCUGUCUGAAUAACCAGAGGUCACUGCCACCUCGUCAGCUCCAGCAGGUUUACCGGAAAGCUUCCUCUGAGACAGGCGAGCUGCCAAAAGAGCUCAAAUUGGACAGGUCUAUGGAAGAAACAGGCCCUGGCAGCAUUUUGCAGAGGAGCACUCUGGGCUGGCCAUUCCACCUGUCCUGCUGCAUACAACUCCUGUGAUGAAAGAGCAGCUUGAGCUGUUCACUGAGGGAAUCAAAACUAUCUUCUGGAAAAGAGUGACCAACUUAUAAUACAAGCUUUUCAGAUAAUGGUCUUCUAUUAAUGAUUAAAUAAAGUCUUUUAUGUACAAAAGUUCCUCUGGCUGGAAUUAGUUAACACCACCCAAGCAGAUCUGACCCCAGCAGUGGGGCAGCACCCUACAUCUGUGCUUGGGAGUUGGCACAUCUUUCUGUGCUGUGUAGGAUUUGUGGCUCUUGGUCUCCUGGUACUGAUUUUCUAUUUCCUACUAUGUUUUGUGAGGAAGGCAGAGGGAACACACGUGCUGCCAUCUCAUCAGUGCUUGUGUCCAGUGUACAGCUGCCUGUUGCUUUGGAUACUGAAUUCCCUGGGCUAGGACAUCCAUCCCUGUCCUCUGUCCCAUGUAAUCACUUCUUUGUAACUAAGUAGUUACAAACCCUAGAAAGCAGUUUCACAUCAAACUUUUAUUCCCUUGGCCGAGAGGAAAUACCACCCAAGAGGAAACUUCAGUAUUUCUCUGUCUCUCUGAGUGAAAAAGGUCUUUGGAAAAAUACAGUAAGCCAGCUUGUUCAUAGUUCAUCUCUUACCCCCCCAUUCUAUGCUUUUCUAUUCUGUGUAAGCGUCAUGCUGUGAAAUAGGCUGAAAAUUUCCUGCCAGACCUUUAAACCAGCUCAGAUUUGACCUGUCCUGGAAGAGAGCAGAGCUGGCACACACGCAUCUGGCGUAUAAAUAGCACAGAAUUUGCAUGAGAUGGGCCGCUGGUAAAGAAGGAUUCCAACAGCUGAAGAGAUUGAUUUUGCCUUUCCCACAGCUGUACUUACCUUGGAGUAGCACCCGGGGGAGUGCAACUGCAUGGAAAAGCAGCACGUCAGAGCAGAAAUAAUGUCAUGCAGCCCAAUGACUGCAGAAGAUCGCGGCUCGGAGCUCACCCGGGGGUAUAAAGCUGGCUGAAGGAGCAAAAGUAGCUGCGAGCUGAGCAGGAGAGAAGCAGGCUGCGGGAGACAGGAGCAUCCGCCUGCUCCAGCUUCUCGUGUGCCGUGUUUGCAGCCUCAGGGAGCGCCCGGGCUGAAUGAAGGGAGAACGGCUCUCCCAGCGCACGGCGUGAGCUCUGCCCUCUCGCAAAUGAGCUGUUUCCGAAGCUGUUUCCGAAUUGGAGGAGCAGAGCGGCAUUUCAGAGAUGUUGUCCUAUUUCGUCUGGCUCACCCUUCCCGACUUGGUUAACGCCUUUGUGAUCCCGGGGAAGUUGCCCCUCAAUGGGAGCCUGGAGAAGACUUCUGAAAUCCCGAACAUAUCAGGUUUCUUUUCCUGGGAUAACGACAGCCUGGCCGACUGGCAGAGCUUUGUGGACAGGAGCCGGUACGGAGCGGAGUCACAGAGCAUCACGGUGAAAGCCCUGCUCAUUGUGGCAUACUCGUUCAUCAUUGUCUUCUCCCUCUUUGGUAACAUCCUGGUCUGUCACGUUGUCAUCAAGACGAAGCGGAUGCACUCUGCCACCAGCUUGUUCAUUGUGAACCUGGCUGUAGCUGAUAUCAUGAUCACCCUCCUCAACACACCUUUUACAUUGGCUCGUUUUGUGAACAGUACUUGGAUAUUCGGGAAGGGGAUGUGCCAUGUCAGUAGGUUUGCGCAGUACUGUUCCCUCCAUGUCUCUGCCUUGACCCUCACAGCCAUUGCUGUGGACAGGCACCAGGUUAUAAUGCACCCUCUGAAACCUCGCAUAUCUACUGGAAAAGGUGUUAUCUACAUCUCUGUAAUCUGGAUCAUGGCAGCUUGUUUUUCCUUACCACAUGCUAUCUACCAAAAGCUCUUUACCUUUGAAUACAGUGAGGAGGUUACCCGGUGCCUGUGUCUGCCAGAUUUCCCUGAGCCUGCUGACCUCUUUUGGAAGUACCUUGACUUAACAACCUUCAUUUUGCUCUACGUCCUGCCCCUCCUGAUCAUCUCUGCUGCCUACAUGACAGUGGCAAAGAAACUCUGGCUGCGCAAUGUCAUUGGGGAUGUCACCACGGAACAGUAUUUCGUCCUCCGCAAAAAGAAUAAGAAGACCAUCAAGAUGCUGAUGCUUGUUGUCAUCCUCUUUGCAGUUUGCUGGUUUCCCUUGAAUUGCUACGUUGUCCUCCUCUCCAGCCAGACCAUUCACACCAACAAUGCCCUGUACUUUGUCUUCCAUUGGUUUGCAAUGAGCAGCACCUGCUACAACCCCUUCAUCUACUGCUGGCUCAAUGACAGCUUCCGAUCAGAACUGAAGGCUUUGCUCAGCAUGUGCAGAAAACCUCCCAGGCCCACAGAACAGAGGCUUCCCUCCACGGCCCCAUCCUACCGACUGGCUUGGCCAGAAAAUGGUAACUUCAAGAGAUUGCAGGUCUCCCAUAUCCUUCCGUCAUCCUCCAACAUCCAGUCAGGAAAGACAGAUAUCUCUGCAGUGGAGCCAAUAGUAGCUGUGAGCUAAACAGUGGCCCUGGGAAAUCUGUAAGGACUGCACAUAGAUUUGGCAAGAGCUAAAAUGGUCUGAAGAUGUGGAGCCCUGUCCUACUUAGGGGCUGUGCAACCACAUGUGAUAAAACCAAGAAGGAGGUUCAGGUUCUGCAGGAGGCAAUAUGAAAGAGCUGCAUGUUUGAUGCAGGCUGAUGGCAAAGGUGUGGAGCCCAUAAAUGGGAGGAAGCAAACUCUUCCCAGGAAGGAACUCUCUUUGUCUUUGUCAAGAUGACUUUGGACUGGCUUACAGUACGGGACUGUCUGCAUGUAUGUCACUGCUAUCUGCAUGACUAAGCCUUUUUACUGCUAGGAUUGUGUGUGUGUUUUGCUGAUACUUAAACACUAAAGCAACAAUCUAAUCACAUCAGGCCUCUCUUUUCCAUUUCUAAGUCUCUUCCUAGCAGCAUGGAAAUGACUGAGAUGCAGACCUUUAGGCUGCUGGCUUAGAUCAAGUGCAACUGUGUAGGAAAGCAUCCUCUCUGAACUAGGGUCUGAAAAGUCAAGCUCUGUUCAGAAUGAACAAACAACUGUAAUUCACAAGUUCUUUUUUUUUGUGGUGGAAAUACCCAUAAAGAAGUGGAGGAUAUGAUGGACAUCGACAAAUAGAGGAGUUGCUUACAUCACAGACUCUAAGGUAGAUUUGGAGAAAAAUGGAUGCCUAUUCUAUGCUUAAGUAGAUAGCUUUUCUUCAAAUAGAUAACUAAACCCCAAAAAAGCUACUUUGGAGAAAGCUGGACAUACCAUCCACAGUUGGAGAACAGAUAAUUAAAUGCUACUGUGAGUUUGGACUAGGACCUUUUGAUCAGAACAUCUUUGCAUUAUUGUCAAGUGUCAGCUAAAGGAUCCCACAGUUUGACUUUUUUGCCUUUGAAUGUUACUCUCUUACCCUGUAAAGCACCUGUAUACUUGUCAGUUCAGACAUUUGGGACAUUUCAUCUCAACUAAGAUGUUAGCUCUCUGAAAUCAGUUUAUAAAUGAAUGACUUUGAGAGAAGGGAUGAUAUCUCUGAUAGCAAGUAAUCAAAGUGGAACGUUUCUCUACAAGUUAUCCUCUGGUGAUUGCACAAUUUCAGUGCAUAUAAAGAUAACUGAGAUGUGUCCUUUCUGGGGUGGCUAAGAAAAUUCACGACCACAGCUGUCUGAAGUACUUUGCAGAACUUAAUGUUCUUAGUGGAAAAAAAUAUGGGUUUGAAUAACAAAAAACAUGGUGGUCCAAAAAACUGUACCUUAUAUUGCACAGAAAAGCAAUAAGUCCCUGUGCUGUGGAAAUUAGCUUGAACAUCACACCAGGCUGCCCCAUUCAUCUUUCAGCAGUCAGCAAUGAAGUGACAAAAAUCUUCUUUUAUAAAUGGGAAAAAAAAAAAAUAAACUCUUUUUUCCCAAAUUCCUGUAAUAACCUUAAAUUUCUGAAAUAAUUUUAAAUCUCGUGGAGGACUUUCACACCUGAGUAUUUGAAGAGACUGAAAUAGCAACCACUCCUUUCAGCUAACCAGUCUUUUCACAAGGUGUUAUCAGUCUUUCACUGUGAAUUCAGUGCUAUUUCACUGCCCUUUAUCAAGGCCCCCCGAGUUCACAGUACUUUGUAUCACUGAUCUGCAGAAUCAAACCUUUCCUCCUGCCUUCUUUCAACCCUUAUGCCAAGUCCCAUUUCCUCCCUUAGCAUUUGCAACACAUCAGCCCUGAAUUGGUCAGGCAGUUGGACUAGAUGGUCAUCGUAGGUCACUUCCAACUGAACUUUCUAUUCUAUUCUAUUCUGUUCAUUUCCCAAAUGUGCACAGCUGGUGAACAAUGCUCUCCAUUCCAGCGAUAGCAGAUCCCAGCUCUUUACUAGCAAGUAAAUCUUUGGGAGUGCUGAGUACCUCAGUAAGAUGUUCUUUCUGAAGCCGAAGGAAACAUCUUAAGAUCCAUUAUUUUUGAAUGCAGUUAUCAUCCUUCAAACUGCUACACAUGCAAGAACCUUCCUGUAACUCCAGCAGGCAAAAUCCUCAGAUACCCACUCAAAUGGUCCAGGUGAGUCUGAGCGGGGCUCCUGCAGUUACAGCUCUGGUGGCAAACCUUUCUUCUUACAGACUCUGCUCAGUCCUGAGUCUGGGCACAGAGGGGGGCAAGAAGUGUCGAAGCCAUUUGAUUUAAUUAAGAAGAACAGGAGGUAUGACCUGGGUAAAAAGAAAAGAAGAGGCAGAUUGGACAGUGAGCCUUAACAGCCUGCCCAGAAAUGGACUGGUGGCUGGUGGCCAGCAGAGGUACAAGGUUCAGAGAGAACUGGACAGAACCAUGCAAGAGAGGUACUUGGUUAAAGCACUAGAAAUGGUGUCCUUGAGAACUGUACAUCAUACGCUGUGCUGCAAUGUGCUUAAUGUGCUACAAGGCAAUUUCUGAUAAUUAGCUACCUUUCAUUUUCUUUGUAUCUGAUUUGGAAUUCUGGAGAAAUAUUUUGCAUUCACUGGUGCUGCUGAAAUCAGUGGGGGGUUGUGAUCUGUGCACAAAAAGUGCAGUAUGAUGCAAGCUAUUCCAAAAAUAUCACAUCCUGGGCAAUAUAACCUGGGCAUCUAGGUUUCAUGAGUAUUUUUUCGUUCUACCCCAUCUCUCUUGCAGACUAGAAGGUUCUUUUAAAAUGCUAAUACAGUCAUUGGUGUGUAAACUGCAUUCAGAUACCAUCUUGGUCAAUGUGAAGCGAGGAUCUGAGUGACGAUAAAAUGAGAUACAUGUACAGGGUGGAGAUUAUCCUUUUUAAUUUUUUAAUUCUGCUUUUUAAUUUUAAUCCUACUGCAGCUGGACUAUUUGCUACCUUUUGAAUUUUGGAGGUGUGCAGGGCUCUGAAACAGAUGGUUUAGUAGCUAUUCCAAGAAAAACAGACCUGCAGAAACAAGCCUGUGGGGGACAUUGGUGUGAGAAGGGACGGGUUGCUCUGGAGCAUGGUAAAGAUCACGGUUUUGGGAGGCUUUUCUUUUCCCUCUGGGAAUAUGAUGAAUCAGAGUGAAACAUGAGGCUUUAUGGAAAUGGAAGGUUAUUUUGACUUAGCUGACUUGCAAGUCCACUCUCUCACUCCCACCCUCACAGCCACAUACUUAGAAGUGUGGACUGUCCUCCCCUGGGGUGAGGGACAGCAACGGUACAGGUGAUGUCCUGUGACCUUGUGGCCAUCUUCCUGUCAUCACACCACAACUCUGGCCCUGGGAUCACUUUUGCCCCAGAGUUCACCAGUCUGACUGCCCUCAGACAUGUCUUUGGUUGUCAGUGUAGGUCAUUCAUUUAAACUGGCCUGGUUGUUCCCUCUGGAGCUUUCACACUUGUGCCUCUGGAGUAGACUGCAUAACAAAGAGUUUCACAAGGCACUGAACUGUUCAUUGCAGGACAUCCACAGAGCCUGAGAACAAGAGUUUUAUGGGAAAAUUUAUUUCAUAUAGAGAAUGCAUCAUCUGGUAUGUUAUAGUGGGUUGACCCUGGCUGGAUGACAGGCAUCCACCAAAGCUGUUCUGUCACUCCCCUUCACAAGAGAAGAGAGGAGAGAAAGUAUAACAAAGGUUAAUGGGUUGACAUAAGGACAGGGGGAGAUCACUCACUGAAUACCAUCAUGGGCAAACAAGACCUGACCUGCGGAUACUGAAUUUAUCACUAACAGAAUCAGAGCAGGAUAAUGAGAAAUAAAAUAAAUCUUAAAAACACCUUUAUGCCACCCCUCCCUCCUUCCCAGCUCUACCUCCUCCUCCCCAGCAGUGCAGGGAGGUGAGGAAUGGGGGUUACAAUCAGUUCAUCACAGGUUGUUUCUGCCACUGCUCAGGGAGAGGAGUCCUUCCCCCACUCCAGUGUGAGUCCAUCCCCCUGGCAACAGUUCUCCAUGAGCUGCUGCAGUGUGGAUCACUCUUCCAUGGGGUGCAGUCCUUGAGGCACAGCCUUCUCCAAAGUGGGUCUCCCGUAAGUCCUACCAGGAAACCUGCUCCAGCGUGGGCUCAUCUCCACAGGCCCAUAGGUUCCUGCCAGGAGCCUGCUCCAGCAUGGGUUUCCCAAGGGUUCACAACCCUCUUGGGCAUGCACUUGCUCCAGCAUGGAUCUCCUCCACAGGCUACAGGUGGAUCUCUGCUCCCCCAUGGACCUCCCUGGGCUGCCAGGGUACAGCUGCCUCACCAGGACCUGAACCAAGGGCUGCAGGGGAAUCUGUGCUUGGGUACCUGGAGCACCCCUGCUCCCUCCUUCUGCACUGACCUUGGAGACAGCAGGGCUGUUUCUGUCACAUAUUCUGACUCCACUCUUCUCUGGCCACAAUUACAUCUGUGCAAUAACUUUUCUUUCUUCUUCCUUGAUAUGAGGCAUUACCACCAUUUCUAAUUGGCACAGACUUGACCAGCAGCAGGUCCAUCUUGGAGCCACUUGCCAUUGGCUCUGACAGACAUGAGGGAAGCUUCUAGCAGCUUCUCACAGAAGCCACCCCUGGAGCCCCUGAUAACAAAACCUGGCCAUGCAAAACCAAUACACCUGUGAAUAAAGGAACUCAGCUAGAGUCACAUAGUCAAAGUUAAUGCUGGCAUCUCCCAAACCUUGAGUAACCGGGUCUGCAACUUCCAUAAUUUAGAGAGUGCUGUGUUUUUUUCUACUCAGAAGUGAAAUUAUUUGUAUUGACAGUACUGUUUCCUUAUUUUUCUAUUUCCUUGAAAAAUAUUACAACAGGCCUAUGAAAAUUAACUUGCAAGUUUUAGAAAUUGAUGAAUGUUAAUUCUCAAUUUCUAACAACAUUCCUAAUGUUUUAAUAAUUUUCUCUGUGUAGAAUUAUGCAGAGACCUUGAAAGGGAACAAAGACAAUGCCAGGCUCUAUUUUGCGGCUUAUGCUAUUCUGAAUAGCACUCAGGGGAAAACAGAUGCAUGAAACCUUUCUUGCCCUUCUUGAUGUCAGGUCAGGUUUUUAGCUUCCACUUUUCAUUCACUCCCUCUUUCAUAGAAUCAUGGAAUGGUUUGGAUUGGAAGGGACCUAAGAGAUCAUCUCCCCAGUCCAACUCCCCCUGCAGGGACAUCUCCCACAGGUUGCUCAGAGAUUCAUCCAACCUGACCUUUAACAAUUUCAGGGAUUGGGCAUCCAAAACUUCUCGGGGCAACCUGUGCCAGUGCCUCACUACCCUCACAGUCAAGAAUUUCUUCCUAAUAUCUAAUCUAAACCCACCCUAUUUCAGUUUAAAGCUAUUCCCCCCUUGUCCUGUCACUACAUGCCCUGUCAAAAGUCUAUCUCAGUGUUUCCCAUAAGCUCUCUUUUACUGAAAGGCUGCCUCAAGGUCUUCCUGGAGCCUUCUCUUCUCCACCUGUCUCAGUUGGUCUUCUUAGAAGAGGUGCUCCAGCCCUCUGAUCAUCUCUGUGGCCUCCUCUGGACUUGCUCCAACAUGCCAUGUCCUUCUCAUUUGGGGGACCCCAGAGCUGGAUGUAGCACUCUGAGGGGAGGGGUGGGCGUGUCUCAUGAGAGUGCAAGUAGAUGGGCAGAAUCAUCCUCCAUAUCCUUCUCACUAGCUCACCCUCAGUAUCAGUCUGAAAGUCUUUAGCAGUAGAGCACAGGCUGCUGCUGCCAUCAGACACUGUGGUGCUCAGCAGAAAAAAUCUACUUCCUUAUUCCACUGCAUAGGGUUUUUUGUAACAGAGAAGUUUCUGUCACAGCCAAAAAAAAUGGCAAAGACCAUCUCCCUAGCUGAGAUAAAUGGAGGGUGUUUUCUUCAUGGAUACUUUCCUUUCCCUGCCUUAAUUAUCAGUAAGCCAGGUCAGAGGCUGUCUCAUCCAAAGGGGAGCAACAAAUAGCUCAAGCAUGGUACCUGCAGCCAUCAGAGGAAAUUCAUAGCAUACAGGCAAAAAUAACAGUGCAUAGCAGAGUCAAAGCCUCUUGCUCUUACACAUAAAAGGAAGACGAGAUUCAUUGAAAAAUGCUGAGAUCAUGCAGAGAAAAGAUGACAAGUUUCUCAAGACAAGCACAGAAGAAAGGAACCUCAGCUUUGGUUGGUAUUGUUUCUGACUGCAUGGUAGCCCACCUCUUUUCCUGUCAGCGUGGGUUGAAUAGCUUCUCCUCUCAGCUGGCAGAUUCAAAGGUGAGAAGGCAGCUGCUGAAAAUGUAACAAUGUCCUGUAACUUCAGACACAUUAAUGUCAUUUUUUCUCCAGCAUUUUCAAAGAGUAUCAGGCACCGUUUCCAAGCUUUGUUUAACGGUCCAAAGAUUUCAAAAUCACACUCUUCUGAUAAGCAUAAAUCUCUUCAUAAUUUCCUUAAUGAAUGUAUUAACUAGCCUCUAAUAGCUGAUACAGCGAGUGAUUUUUAUCUCUGGAGCUGGAAAAGCCCUUAACAAAAGUUGAUACAAUUGUCUACAUUUUGGUACCACAAAAAAAGAGCAGUUACCCCCAUUAUUGUGAGGUCACUUGGUUUCUUCAACCUAGAGAAAGGGAGACUUCAUUGUGGUCUACAGCUUCCUCACGAGGGGAAUUGGAGGGACAGGCACCGACCUCUUUUCUCCAGUGACCAGUGACAGCACUUGAGGGAAUGGCACAAAGCUCUGUCAGGGGAGGUUUAGGUUGGAUAUCAGGGAAAGGUUUUUCCUUCACCCAGAAGGUUACUGGGCACUGGAACAGGCUCCCCGGGGAAGUGGUCACAGCACCAGGUCUAUCUGAGUUCACAAAGUGUUUGGACAACACUCUCAGGCACAUGGUGUGACUCUUAAGGUUGCCCUGUGCAGGGCAAGGUGUUGGACUCAAUGAUCCUUGUGGGUCCCUUCUAACUCAGGAUAUUUUAUGGUUAUUCUAUUACUGAGAGUCUUUAACAUUUACAUAUUGAAUGUGAAACUUCAAGAUUUCUUUUAUGCAUUUUGGGUAGACCACGAUUAAAAUAGUCUGGCUAUGAACUGCAUAGAAGUCGUUAAUGGAUCACAGUGUGAGCCCCCGACACCAUUGCCAGCUACACACUCAUCUGCUUAUUCCAACUUGCAGCUACAUUAGUUCAGUGAAGCCACUGAGUAGGAAGCUUAUGCUGGGCUCAGCAACACUUGGAUGAAGCUGUACAGCUCUCGGAUGAGAGUAAAUACAUCUGCACAGUGCUGAGCCGUGAGCCAUGCAGGGACCUAGUUGUUUCAAGAACUUCAGGGUUGUCUUAGUCCUCUAAACAGACUGAUCUAAAAACUGUAUAUGGACACACAGAGCGAGCUUUAAAAUAGCUGUUUCCCAGGAGACUAACUAUUAUUCACAUCUGACUUAUUCAUAAAUCUCCUGAGUGCUGAUGAGUGAGCAUAGCCAGCUCCGCUGCUGACGCAGUCUGACAGCCUUGCAUCGAAGCCAUGGGGCUGUGAACAGUCUGCCCCUGCAAAGGUACCUUCAUGAUCUAACAGCUGUCAGAGGCUUGGCUGAGAGAGGUCAUAUCUCCCCACAGCCUCUGGGUCUGGUACAUCAGGACUGGGUAGCUUGCUCUCUUAUUUCCUGAUCUUCUUUGUGCCACCAAAGGGGGAUGAGGAUGGGAUCCUCCUCUGCUUUCCCCAUCCUGCACAGCCCAGCAGAAGGGCAGCCCCUGCUCCUUCCUGGGGGUGACACAGUGGGCAGGGGAGAAAGUUUGGACUGGCAUUAAUGACACAGAAACAGGGAUAAUCUUCAGCCCAUCCUUUCUUCUUCUGGGAACCAUGUCCCCCCUCAGCCUCUCCUCUGGUUUGCAGGCUUGAAGAGAUUUCUGUGAAUUCUGGUAGGGUGAAACCUCCCACCCCCUACCUUAGGCUCAAAGCCUUUUAAUGAUACUUAGAGAGGAAGGGGUGAAUCCAGUCAUCAUUACAUCUCUGACCAGGAGAAAAACUGCCUUUAUCUACAAAACAAAUUGGCACCUCCUGGCCAACUGCCCAUAGUUUAUAAACUGGGCAUAGCAUUUUAUUGUAUGGAAUAUGCCUUUGGUUAGUCUGGGUCAGCUGUCCUAGCCAGGUUUCCUCCAGCUCCUUGCAUACCUGCUCAUCAGCAGAGCAUGGGAAACUGAAUAAGUCCUUGGCUUAGGGUAAGCACUGCUCAGCAACAACCAAAACAUCAGUGGGUUAUCAACAUUAUUCUCAUACUGAGUCCAAAACUGUGCCAGCUACUAAGAAAAAAGAAACUGUAUACCAGACAAAACCAGGACACCAAUUAAAUAACUACAUGCCUACAAAUAAUUUCUGGCUCUAAGGUGUUAGCUCACUUAUUUCCACAGCAUGUAGGGCUAGCUCCAUCUAGAGCAGACCAGGUUUGUGGUAGUACAUAGUCCUUGACUCGGAGCCCAUAAGGUCACAGGGGUAUGGGAAUUUUAAGACAUUGUAAUUACAUUUUUUGUAUGCUUUUUCAGUUAAAACCACCAUAAUGUGACAGGUUUCUUAGAGGUCACUAGUUUUUAAUAGUAUGAAGCUAAAGACAUGUAUCAGAUGUCCUAAAAGCACGUCAUCAGAGUCUCUGAGGGUACAAAACUUAGUGGGGGUUGUUGGAGGGACAUGUGGUAGGAACCAGGUUGUUAUGGUCGCAUUCCUACUGUCUCCUGGGAGCUGCUCUAGAAGUGAAUUGUUCUCAGUGCCUUGCCCAGAAUUUGUCUUGAAGAAGCCCAAGACAGGGCUCAGGAAUGAUCUGACACUUGAACAAUGAGGACAGCAGGGACCAAACCCUUCAGUUGGUACUUCUGUUUGGCUCUGCAAACACAUUCCGAGAUGUCAAACAGACAAGCAGCCCAAGGCUCUGCUUCUCACCCUGCAGCUCAGACUCCCAGCACAGAGACACUGUUCUGAACUGUGCAACAGCAUGUAUUUCUAUCAUCCCAAUUUAGCACAAAUAAGAGGGGAAAAGCAAACAAAACCACAAUUCUUUUGUUGCUGGUUGAGAGAUUUCAUUUCUGUUCGUUUAGGUUCAUGAAGCUUGUAAGUGUGCUAAAGCAAUUCAAAAUGUAGCACAGAGUGAGCCCAGGCUAUUUUCAUCCCCAUUCAAAUGCUUUCAAAGGCACCUACCUCUUUCCCUGGACUUUGUGGGGAAGCAAGAACCUGACU